AGUUGGCUGGCGAGCGCCGAGGGUGCCUCCCGCCGCGGGGACUCGGCGGGCCGCGCGGCACCGGCGGGAUCGCGGCCAGCCGGCCAUGGCGGGGCUGUACUCGCUGGGAGUGAGCGUCUUCUCCGACCAGGGCGGGAGGAAGUACAUGGAGGACGUUACUCAGAUCGUGGUGGAGCCCGAGCCGGCGGCCGAGGAAGAGCCCUCGCCGCGGCGAUCGCCCUCGCGGCCGCCGCCCCCGCCGCGGUCACCGCCGCCCCCGGCCGGCGGCGAAGUGGCGGGGAGAGGCGCCGCGGGGGCCGCCCGGGAGGCUCGCGCCGCGCCGCCCGACGCCGGGGCCUCGCCGGCUCCCGGCCGCUGCUGCCGCCGCCGCUCCUCGGUGGCCUUCUUCGCCGUGUGCGACGGGCACGGCGGGCGGGAGGCGGCGCAGUUCGCCCGCGAGCACCUGUGGGGUUUCAUCAAGAAGCAGAGGGGCUUCACGUCGUCCGAGCCGGCGAAGGUGUGCGCCGCCAUCCGUAAAGGCUUCCUCGCCUGUCAUCUCGCCAUGUGGAAGAAGCUGGCAGAAUGGCCAAAGACUAUGACAGGUCUUCCCAGCACGUCAGGGACAACUGCCAGCGUGGUCAUCAUCCGAGGCUUGAAGAUGUAUGUUGCUCAUGUGGGCGACUCGGGGGUGGUUCUUGGAAUUCAAGAUGAUCCCAAGGAUGAUUUUAUCCGAGCUGUGGAGGUGACACAGGACCAUAAGCCGGAACUUCCCAAGGAAAGAGAGCGAAUCGAAGGACUUGGUGGGAGCGUGAUGAACAAGUCUGGGGUGAACCGUGUGGUUUGGAAACGGCCUCGGCUCACUCACAAUGGACCUGUGAGGAGGAGCACAGUCAUUGACCAGAUUCCCUUUCUGGCAGUAGCCAGAGCACUUGGUGAUUUGUGGAGCUAUGAUUUCUUCAGUGGCGAGUUUGUGGUGUCACCUGAACCAGACACAAGCGUCCACACUCUUGACCCCCAGAAGCACAAGUAUAUUAUCUUGGGAAGUGAUGGACUUUGGAAUAUGAUCCCACCUCAAGACGCCAUCUCAAUGUGCCAGGACCAAGAGGAGAAAAAAUACCUGAUGGGUGAGCAUGGACAAUCUUGUGCCAAAAUGCUUGUGAAUCGAGCCCUAGGCCGCUGGAGGCAGCGAAUGCUUCGAGCAGAUAAUACUAGUGCCAUAGUAAUCUGCAUCUCUCCGGGGGUGGACAGCCAGGGAAAUUUCACCAGUGAAGAUGAGCUCUAUCUGAACCUGACUGAUAGCCCUUCCUAUAACAGUCAAGAAACCUGUGUGAUGACUCCUUCUCCGUGUUCCACACCACCAGUCAAGCCCCUGGAGGAGGACCCAUGGCCAAGGCUGAACUCCAAGGACCAUAUACCUGCCCUUAUUCGUAGUAAUGCCUUCUCAGAGAAUUAUUUAGAAGUCCCACCUGAGAUAGCUCGAGGGAAUGUCCAGGCUGCAGUCAUAUCCUCAAAAGAUCCAGAGCCACUAGAAGAAAAUUGCACUAAAGCCCUAACUUUAAGGAUACACGAUUCUUUGAAUAAUAGCCUGUCUGUUGGCCUGGUGCCUACCAAUUCAACAAACACCAUCAUGGACCAAAAAAAUGUGAAGAUAUCGAGCCCAGGUCAAAUGAAAGCCCAAGAAGUUGAAAGAACCCCUCCGGCAAACUUCAAAAGGACAUUAGAAGAAUCCAACUCUGGCCCUCUAAUGAAGAAGCACAGACGGAAUGGUUUAAGUCGUAGCAGUGGUGCUCAGCCUGCAAGCCUCCCCACAACCUCCCAGCGCAAGAACUCUGUUAAACUUACCAUGCGACGCAGACUCAGGGGCCAGAAGAAAAUUGGGAAUCCUUUACUUCACCAGCACAGAAAAACUGUUUGUGUUUGCUGAAAUAUGUCUGGAAAUUUUUUCCAAACUUCUUAAGAGGGCUUUUUUGAAUUUGGUGCCGAAGUUGAACUUUUUUUAAGGGGACAAAAUAAAAAUAGUAUGAGUUUGACUUUUUGGAAUUCAACAAUUUUAGCCUGGCCUUGUACUUGCUUGUAUUAUAAAUGUGAAUUUUGUAGAUGUUAGGGUGUAAGUUGCUGUAAAAUGUGUGUAAAUUUGUAUCCUUCACACAAACUCAGUCUCUUACUCUGAUACACAGUAAAUGUAACAACAGGGCUAAAGGUUUAAAAAAAAAUCUAUUAGAUUUUAGAAAUACAUUAAAACUUUUAAAAAUGCUUAUAAAAAAUUUGUAUGUCACUUGUGAUGAAAACUACACAACUUUUUAAAGUAAAUUAUUAAGCAAACUGGAAAAGUGAUGUAUUUUCAUAGUGACCUGUGUCUCACUUAAUGUUUCUUAGAGACAGCUAGUGUCUUUUUUAAAUUAUUUUUUAUUUCUAAUUUCAUAAUCCAGAACUAAAUUUUUCAUAGAAGCCGAAGUGUUGAGCCAUGCAAAAGUAGCUGGGUGUUAGUCUCCUUGUCCUAAUUAAAAUACUAUGCAGUAUCUCUUAUUUCAUUCAGUAGCAUUUUUUCUAAAACAUUAACUAUCAGAUUUGCUCACCAGAUCUUUGAAGUAGAAGGAGGUAUGUUUGCCUAAAGAGAUGCCCUUUUCAAUCAUCCCAGACAUUCAGUGGCAUUAAUAAGUCUUAAAGUAGUUAUAUCCUCUUCUCGUGUUUGCAUAAAAUAUGUGAAGUUUUUCUUGCUAUUUCAAUAAUGGAUGGUGCUGCUAAUU